CAGAAGCCUCUGUCCCUCCAUCAGUCCAUGGACCAAAGAAACUCGCAGAAAUUUCAAUCCUCUCUUCUCCGUCUUUAGCUACUACCCUCAUCUCUCAUCCAAACCCUAAUUUUACCGUAACCGACCUUCUGCUCUUCAUUCCUUUAUCUCCUUCGGCUUCAUAGAUUCUCCUCUUCCCAAUUCGAAUUGUUUGCCGUCUAAUCUCUAUUCACAUUUGCCUUUGCUUUACCGGAGGAAGGAAAUUCCCCCCUCGCUGGAAUUUCCCUGUCAAGUUAUCAUCUUUCGUUUUUAUCCGAUCAUAUAAAAUCUGGGAUUGUUUCACGUGCACAUUCGGAUAUCGUUUGAAUCGUGUAGAUAUAGGUAUUCUGGAGCGAGCUGUGUUGGUGGCGUUUAGAUUCAGGGGAAAAUGGUGGGGGGUGGAAACAGGAAGGAUGAUCAGUUGGUGAUUAACAGCACUAAUGUUUUCGCGGCGCUGGGAACCCUGAGGAAGAAGAAGAAGUCCGAUAAGGAUUCCAAGAGUAAGAGCGCUUCCAGUUCGUCCAACAAGGAGGCUCAGCCGCAGGUUAUCUGGGCUCCGGCGCCGCUCACUACGAAAUCUUGGGCCGAUAUCGAGGACGAAAAUGACGAUGAUUACUAUGUUUUAACGGCUCCGCCUCAGGUUUCUUGGGGUCCUGCUGCAGCUCAGGAGCAGCAAUCCAAAGGACCUGUUAUAGAGGAGAGUGAAAGUGAGGAUGAAGGCCUUGAUGAAGUGGAUGACUAUAUUGAACCAGAACAGGACUAUGAGCCUGAGCCUGAGCCUGAAGUGCCAGUAGAGAAGGAGCCUGUUGCUAAGAUACCUGCUGAAGUUGGGGCACCUAAGGAAUCAGAAAGGCAGCUGUCAAAAAAGGAAUUGAAGAAGAAGGAACUUGAAGAACUUGAAGCUAUGCUUGCUGAAUUUGGAUACAACCAACCUGAGAAAAAAGACGAUUCACUAGGUGCUACACAGAGCAAGAAGGUAGAGAAUGUGAUGAAUGGAGAGGAUAAGAAGGAUGAUGGCACUACUGGUGAGAGCAAGAAUGCAAAAAAGAAGAAAAAGAAGUCAAAGGAGGCGAAAGAGCAACAGGAUCAGCCCAACGGUGUUGAAGUUGGAAAUGGAAAGGAAAAAGAUGAAAGUGGUGGAGUGGAGAAGGCUGAAGAUGCUCAUAAUGUUGAUGUGAAAGAGAAGCUUAAGAAAGUGCAGUCCAUGAAAAAGAAGAAGUCAAGCAAAGAGAUGGAUGGUGCGGCCAAAGCUGCUGCUAGUGAGGCUGCUGCAAGGAACGCAAAGCUAGCUGCUGCAAAGAAAAAGGAGAAGAACCACUACAACCAGCAGCCACAGCGGUAAAUUCCUUUUGUUUUUUCUUGAGUUGGGGAUGAACAUAUAUAUACAUAUCUUAUUGUCCAUUGUUAAAUGUACAAUAAACAUCAGGAUCUUGUUCAAUUGAGACUGACCUUUGAUGUUUUACUUUUUGCUGUUAACUGCCUUCCAAGUUACCAGUCCAAAACUUUGUUUAACCAUUCCCCUAUCCCCCCAGCUUUUCUCGUAUGUAAAUUUCUGAAGGAUUUUGUAUGCCAAUGGUUUACUCAUUCGUAAUGCAUUUUCUUCUCA